AUGCCUGUCAUACCCAUCGGCCGACCCAUCGAUGGCCACAGAACUGCUUUUAACGAAACCGAAAUCCACAUAAUCACUGAACUGAUCCAAUCGACUGAUUUUCGAUCAUUCGGGACAAAUUCGGUGUUUAUCAGUGAUAAUAAUGACUUUAACUUUUUAUUUACCGAAAAGUUUGACAAUUAUGUGCGAAAUGUAACCCAAGCUGUGAAAGGGUUGACCGCAUUCAACACCAUCUGCGAAGACGACCGCAUCUUACUAUUGAAGUACAGUUGCAUUGAAAUGAUAUUCUUGCGGUCCAUUCUCUGCCUCAACGAUAACGCAGAUUAUCUCCGACUUCAAAGGAUGUAUCCAAUCUUGUUGUUUAACCCAGAUCAUUGUAAUCUCGUCCAUAGAGCUGUUGUCAAACUCCAACAACACAUUUACAUGCAUUUACUUCAACGCUAUUUAUUACUGAAAUAUCGGUCAGAAUCGGAGGCAAAGACCCGAUUCUCGCAAUUCAUGAACAUUUUGACGGAACUAAACGUCUUGAGAGACAUCCAGAGGACGCAUACUUUGGAUCAUUCACUGAAUAUCUCACCACUUCUACAAGAAGUGUUUGAUUUGAAACCGAUUCCCAACACAAUUGUUGACUAAUUUAAUGGUUCUGUGGAGUAAAGCCUGUGAUAAGGACCUCAACACCCGAUGCUGACGACGGAACAGCUUUAAUGACGA